AUGGCAGCAACCGGUGAUGAAUACACAGGGGAGUUCGAUGAAUCUGUCUUGGGUCGCCCGCGGAGACAUGACGAUGACGACGACGGCUCUGAAAAUGGCGAUGAUGACUUAGAAAGCACAACCAGUGCCCCUGCGGCCGGCAAUAUGAAGAACCAGGGCAACCUCGAGGAGGAGAAAGAGUUGCCCCCUCAUGCAUGCGCGUACUGCGGUAUUCACAAUCCUAGCAGUGUCGUCAAAUGUCUGUCGUGUAGCAAGUGGUUCUGCAGUGCUCGUGGAAACACCUCUUCUUCCCACAUCGUCAACCACCUCGUCCGUGCGCGACACAAAGAAGUGCAGCUACAUCCCGCCUCUUCUCUCGGAGAUACCAUCUUGGAGUGCUACAAUUGCGGAACUAAAAACGUUUUUUUGCUCGGUUUCAUUCCGGCAAAGUCUGAUACAGUCGUUGUCUUGCUAUGUCGUCAACCAUGUGCUGCGAUGCCAUCUUCUAAGGAUAUGAACUGGGAUACUUCGCGGUGGCAACCACUGAUUGAAGACCGUUCAUUCCUGCCGUGGCUUGUAGCAGCGCCGUCAGAUCAGGAGCAGCUGCGGGCCCGCCAUCUGAGCCCUCAGCUGAUUGCUAAACUCGAGGAGAUGUGGAAGGAAAACUCUCAGGCGACAUUUUCUGAUCUGGAGAAAGCUACAGCUGUGGAUGAUGAACCUGCUCCGGUGCUUCUGCGCUAUGACGAUGCUUUCCAAUACCAAAAUAUUUUUGGUCCGUUGGUUAAGAUUGAGGCAGACUAUGACCGCAAGUUGAAGGAGUCCCAGUCUCAGGAUGGUUUGAUCGUGCGCUGGGAUCUUGGUCUCAACAACAAACAUCUUGCUAGCUUUAUACUGCCGAAGCUUGAGCUUGGCGAUGUGAAGUUGGCCGUGGGAGACGAAAUGCGUCUUAAGUAUACGGGUGAACUACGUCCCAAAUGGGAGGGCGUCGGAUAUGUGAUCAAGAUACCGAACAACCAGUCUGACGAAGUGACUAUUGAACUUCGGGCGAAGGGUGACCACAAGGCAGUGCCCACGGAAUGCACCCACAAUUUUACCGCCGACUACGUAUGGAAGUCGACCUCUUUCGAUCGGAUGCAGCUCGCCAUGAAGACGUUUGCUGUGGAUGAGAUGAGCGUUUCGGGUUACAUUUUCCAUCGCUUGCUUGGUCAUGAAGUCGCAGCUGCACCCAUGAAGACACAGAUGCCGAAGAAGUUUAGCGUCCCCGGACUUCCAGAGCUCAAUGGUAGUCAAAUCAAUGCCGUCAAAAGCGUCUUGCAGCGACCCCUGAGUUUGAUCCAAGGCCCUCCCGGUACCGGAAAGACCGUGACUUCUGCUACAAUUAUUUACCACCUUGCUAAAAUCAACGGAGGUCAAGUCUUGGUCUGCGCCCCCUCGAACGUUGCUGUUGAUCAACUUUGCGAACGCAUCCACAGAACUGGCCUCAAGACAGUUCGUGUCACUGCAAAAUCACGCGAGGAUGUGGAAUCUCCCGUCGGUUUCUUAUCUCUGCAUGAGCAAGUUCGUCUGAAUGACAGCAACAUUGAACUCAUGAAGCUCAAUCAGCUCAAGUCUGAGCUCGGGGAGCUGUCGAGUCAAGAUGAGAAACGGCUGAAGCAGCUUACUCGUUCGGCGGAGCGCGAAAUUUUGAACAACGCCGAUGUGAUCUGCUGCACCUGUGUUGGUGCAGGUGAUCCUCGUCUUGCUAAACUCAAAUUCCGCACUGUUUUGAUCGACGAGUCUACACAGUCGGCGGAGCCCGAAUGUAUGAUCCCUCUGGUUCUGGGUUGCAAACAAGUCGUCCUCGUUGGUGACCAUCAACAAUUGGGACCUGUCAUCAUGAAUAAGAAGGCAGCCAAAGCCGGCCUCAACCAAUCUCUUUUUGAGCGCCUGGUCAUCUUGGGAUGCUCACCUAUUCGGCUGAACGUCCAGUACCGUAUGCAUCCAUGCCUGUCGGAAUUCCCGUCGAAUAUGUUCUAUGAGGGCUCCCUGCAAAAUGGCAUCUCUUCAAUCGAGCGCCUUCGCCGUGAUGUUGACUUCCCUUGGCCUAUUAUGGACAACCCCAUGAUGUUCUGGUCAAACCUGGGCAACGAAGAGAUCUCAGCCUCUGGAACGUCUUAUCUUAACCGCACCGAGGCGACCAACGUGGAAAAAAUUGUUACUCGGUUCUUCAAGGCCGGUGUGCAGCCGCAGGAUAUUGGUAUCAUCACUCCAUAUGAAGGCCAGCGUAGCUACAUUGUCAGCUCCAUGCAGGCGAACGGGACUUUCAAAAAGGAACACUACAAAGAGAUCGAGGUUGCUUCCGUCGAUGCUUUCCAGGGUCGAGAAAAGGACUUUAUCAUCCUUUCUUGUGUGCGUUCCAACGAUCACCAGGGUAUCGGUUUCUUGAGUGAUCCUCGCCGUCUGAACGUCGCGCUCACUCGUGCGAAGUAUGGGUUGGCCAUCCUUGGAAACCCUAAAGUGCUGUCCAAGCACCCUCUGUGGAAUUGUCUGCUCCAGCAUUUCAAGGAACGUCAUUGUCUUGUCGAGGGGCCUCUGUCCAACCUCCAGGAAUCGCUGAUCCAAUUCAGCCGCCCCAAGCAGGCAUAUAGAGGACCCCAAAGAUUCCAGAUGGCAUAUAACCAUGCAUCCAAUGUUACUAGUGGAAUGAUGAAUGGCAGGAGUGGUCACCGAAACGACUUCCAUGAUACCGGUUCUGUGAUCGGGUAUAUCCCUGAUGACGUCUCUUCCGUUCACUCCUCGGCGCUUGGUGGUGUCGGUAUCCCCUCUGGCUACCCUCCUAUGUUCCAGAACUUUGCCGAUGCCUGGCCUGCCCUUCCUGGCUCCAGACGUCCCAAUGGUACUCGGGGCAAGGGUGCUCCUAGCGUUGCUGGAGAGUCCGUUGCCGCAACAGAGUCUGAUGUUACCAGCAGCAUGAUUGAUGGAAAGAGCGUCGACCAAGGUGGUGUUAGCCUUGCUGGGUUGAGUAUCCACGAUAUGAGCAAACAACCCAGUCUCAGUCAGUCGGAUCGCCUGAAGCGUUACGUCGAAUCCGGAGGCCGUGAGCCAUAUAAGGCCGGGAUUCCUGAUAAUGGCAGCAUUUUUGGAGGCAGCUCGGCCAGCAUCCGCGUCACUCGAGGCAUCCCAGGCCACAUUCAAGACGAUGAUGAUACCCGCAGCGUUUCUACCGCCUUUGCUAGCCAGAUUGGUGGGAACUACGAUUGA